ACCUGUGCAUGUAUUUGCAUGUAUUAGAGCUGAGAGUCCAGGCAGGGGCGGGUCUUGCAAGGAAUUGAAACCAACUUGCGAGAACUCAAAGGUUUGAGUCUUUCCCUAGCCUUAGUGGCAAUACUUGUUUCUGACAAGGCAAGGUACUCCCGAAGCAAUGUCUGGGGAUAGAGGAUGGAGGGAAGGCAGCAGGUACAGGACAACUGCUGGCUCCACUACCCCGUUUUCCUCUCAGGGUUACCUUUGGGAUGGCAACAACAAAAGAGAAGAGGCUGAAAACCCCCAGAAGCUGACAACAUCUGAAGAGGAGCAAAGCGGCCAAGCGGUCUACCAACAACAGCAGGAGCAGUAUGUUGGCCCAUAUGUCUUGAUAACUCCAAAGGAAACCAGAAGAAACUGGUUGCAGCAAAUUGCUAAGAAAGAGCUAGAUGACCUGGAGCGGUGGAAGGAAGAGCACAGGCCAGGGCCGAUUAAGCUGGUUCCACAGAGACUGGGUGGAAAGGAAUCAGAGACUGAAGCAAGGCAAAAACAGCAAAUGAUGCUCAUGCAAUCUAAAUACCAGCAAAAGCACAAGAGAGAAGAAUAUAUAAAAGCAAAAAAGGCAGCUGAAGAAGCUGAAAUCCUGAAAAAGAAAGCAAUUCAGAGAGAAAAGGCAGAGAGACUUGAAGUUAAAAAAAGGCAAGAAGAAAUGCAAAGAAGAGACAUGUUCCUUGAAGAUCAAUAUUACAAAACCAAUGAAUUAUUGAACAGAUUGGACUUGGGUUUGCCAAAGAGUGAUUCCUGUCAGAUUGCUAAUUGUGGCCCAGAAUCUACAGCAUGGAUGAGAAGCCAUACUUAUAAGCAAGCUCUUCGAGAGUAUGAAAACAGAAGAUUAGAGGAAAUGAAGCAAGAACAACGGAGGAAGGCUGAAUUCAUGGAAUUUAAACAAAAGCAGGAAGAAGAAGCCAGGACAAGAGCACAUCGAAAUGAACAGAGGAGAGUAAACAAUGCUUUCCUGGACCGACUGCAGAACAAAACACAACCUAAUAGCAUCUACCAACCUGGUUAUUCUGGGAGUCUGGACUACCUCAGUAACAACGCCUGGGAGUCAAACUACUUGGAAUAAAGGAGGAGAAAGGGUACUGGAAAAAUAUUCGCUUUUAUCUGGCCUAGGCCAAAUGACCUUGUAAAAGCUCCAAGAAAGCGCUCUUUUAUCAUCGUGAUUUUUUUUCUUACCCUGACUUCAGCUUCACACCCACUUCAUGAGCAAUCUGUGGAGACUGGUUUCUAGCUGUCAUUAUUCACGCAUAUUUGAAGCAGCUGAUUAUGAAAGUCCUAUUUAAUUUUUAAUAAGAGAAUGUGUCACUUUUUUUUUUCAUAAAUUGUUUUGCCUCUUGCAGAAUGUAAUUAUCCCAGUCUUUGGGAUCUCUAGAAAAAGAAGACAUUAGCGGCUGCAGAAGCUGCAGUAAUAUCUUUGUUUACUUGCUGUUCUAUACCAAGCCAAAAACAUCUCAGGCACUUGAACUAAAGAAGCAGGUAGAGGCUUUUCUUUUGGGAUGGGAAGGAGAAGCAUUGCUGGUUUAGGGGUUUUUUUUGUUUUGUUUUGGUGGGGAUUUUGUGGAAUUGUUUUACUAUUGUAUUCAACAGCAGACACUCAAGAAGGAACAGAUGUGUGUAUUGUAGACAGGAUCUUUUAAAUAUGUUCCUCGAAAAAUACAACACAUGAAAGAAAUAAAAACUUGAAAUAACACUGAAA